UGUGUAUCCGUACCGGAAACAGAGCAUUGAAGAGGAAGCUUGGCUUGCGACGAAAAGUAAUCAAUCUCUCACGUCGCUAACAUCUGCACCACCGAACGCCCUCGCAUCUCUUCCAAAAGGGUUCUAUAUUCUUCUUCGUCUCCGCCAAGUUGCUCAUCGAAAUGGCCUACUUCUUCGCAACCCCGGUCGAUAUCGACAUCGUCCUUGAAGAUGCCGACGAUCGCGCCAUGGUCGACGUCAAGCUCGACAAGAACCGUCGAGAGAAGGCGCCUCUCUUCAUGGACGGCGAAUCGGUCAAGGGGGCCGUGACCGUCAGACCCAAGGAUGGCAAGCGACUAGAACAUACCGGCAUCAAGGUCCAAUUCAUUGGCACCAUAGAGAUGUUCUUCGACCGCGGCAACCACUACGAAUUUCUCUCCCUCGUACAGGAACUGGCGGCCCCGGGCGAACUCCAACACCCGCAGACCUUCGACUUCAACUUCAAGAACGUCGAGAAGCAGUACGAGUCGUACAAUGGCAUCAACGUCAAGUUGCGAUACUUUGUCCGCGUCACCGUCUCGCGGCGCAUGGCUGAUGUGGUCCGGGAGAAGGACAUCUGGGUCUACAGCUAUCGCAUCCCGCCCGAGAUAAACUCGUCCAUUAAGAUGGAUGUCGGUAUCGAGGACUGCCUGCACAUCGAGUUUGAGUAUUCCAAGAGCAAGUAUCAUCUUAAAGACGUCAUUGUUGGCAGGAUAUACUUCCUGCUUGUCAGAUUAAAGAUUAAACACAUGGAGCUAUCCAUAAUUCGGAGGGAGACCACUGGCGCCGCGCCGAAUCAAUAUAACGAGAGUGAAACGCUCGUGCGCUUUGAGAUCAUGGACGGCUCCCCGUCAAGAGGAGAGACCAUCCCCAUCCGACUUUUUUUGGGCGGCUUCGACCUCACCCCAACCUUCCGAGACGUCAACAAGAAGUUCUCCACAAGAUACUACCUCAGCUUGGUCCUCAUUGACGAAGAUGCACGGAGAUACUUCAAACAGUCCGAAAUCAUCCUCUACCGCCAAGCACCCGACGCUGUGACUACCAACCAGCUAACACCCUCUGCCCCUGAUAACAGUCGGAAUAGGAUUGAAUCAGUACCGGCGGCGUAGUGAAUGAUGGUGCAGGAGACACUCGUUGUUUUGGUGUCCAAGGAUGCUGUGUACAAUGUUUUGCGUUUCUUUCAUUCAUUAUAUCCUUGGCAUGGGCACGGCGUUGGCUUUGAUAAAUGGAUUUGCCCCUUGGGCAUCGUCUCUCAGAAGAAUAACAGGCCAGACCUACAAACAAAACUUAUUACCCCAAAUCCCAUUUUCGUCCACGUUCGUCGGGUAUCUAGGCUCUCCGGCGGGUACCUGUUGUUUUGUUCGUUUGGUUUACCGAAUGCAAUCAUUAUGCACCGAGAUGAAAGAUUUACA